CGCCGCACCUGCCCCGGGAGGGGUGUCGGUGCGCGCCGGUGCCUCCCCUCCCUGCGCCCGGGAACAAGGAAGCAGCUCCGACUGCCUUCAGCCAUCACUCGGUAGUUCCCUGCUGGCACCUUCCCCAUGCCCUGUGUCCUCAGGUCCCGCACCACUCAAGGCAUUGGGGUGCUGGCUUUGGACAUGACUCGGGGCACGGGAGGGCUGCCUCUGCUGCUGCUGCUGAGCCUUGCUGUGCUGGAUCUCCCACUGGAGACCAUGGCACUGCUGCCCAACACCAGCUCAAGCACUGCAGCCACCUUCCCUUCCUCUCAUCCUGCAACCUCCGCCCCAGAGAUGCCAAUGGAUGCCUUCACAUCCAGUGCUUCUACAGCUCAGUGGAGCAGCCCGGCAGCAUCCAACGUCACCACAGCACAGGCAAGGGGCAGCACAGCUCGCAGCACUCCUGUGUCACCUGGGCUGGGACCCACCACCACCAGCAGUACUCCAGCAGGGCUGGGGGUCACCACCACCAGCACACCAACUCCAGCCUCUGUGGCCAUGACACCCAACUGUGACAAGACUGCCACUUUCAUGUCUAUGGGGACCAGCACAGCCCUGGCUGUCAGCUCAUUUGGAGUUGAAAUGAGCAUGCUGCGUCCCCCCACCUCUUCUCUUCUCUCCUCCACCAGCACCAGCACCCAUCAAAGGCUAGCCAUGACCACACUGCUUGGCAGCACAUCCCCAGGGACCAGCACUGUCUCUUUUUCCACCACCUCAGAAGUGACAGACACUUCAGAUAGGCCCUUGAUGACCCCAUCAGACACCAUGGCCUUCCUUGUUACCACCACAGAGGUCCCUGGGAACACCCCUGUUCCCCGCCAGCCAGCUGGGAUCAUGCCUAGGACCAUCCCUGGUACCUCCACCUCAAGAGAACCAGAGACCCGCAGUGGCACUGCAGAGACCACUGCCAUGGGUGUGACAGCAACUGUGUCCCCAGCUCUCCCUACCUCCUCAACACCUAUGGAGAGCUCAGCACUGCUGCCUACCACUGACUCCACCACCACCACAGCCACCCUCCUUUCCUCCAGCCCUGAAACAGAAGCCUCCACCUCAGAGGAGUCCAGCACAUCCACAGAGACUGGCAACACCUCUCCUCCCACUGUGCCUUCUCCCACCACAACUACAGAAGAUUCAGCCGAGUCCUUGGCAACCCUGGCAGAUACCACAGCCAGCCCUGUUAUCAGCACAUCAGACCCCAUGAACACUCCCUCUUCAAGCUACCCAGACAGGACCACCCCUGAAAUCUUCCCCUCAACUGUGGAGUUGACUCCAGGCACUGAACCCACUUCCCCUGCCACCAGCUCAGCCCAGACCUCAGAGGCUCCUACCCUCAGCACACCUACAGACCUGCCAACGCUGCCACCAGUCUGCCCCUCUGGCUCGUCCAACACCAGUGCAUCUCACCUCUUUCUGUCUCUGCGGCUAACCACCCCUCUGGACAUGGGGAACACCACGGUGCAGGAGCUGGUGUUGUCCAAGCUCCGUGAGGACCUGCAGACAGCAUUCCCGUGUGCUGGCCUGGCACUGGCGUGGCGAGGGAAGAGGAGGACUUGACCACUGCCCCUCGCCUGGCCUGCUCCUGCCUGGAUUGCUGGGACCCCUGCUCCCAGCCCCUCACUCCAUGGUGGUACAGGCCCCUGGGGAAUCCCAUACAGCUCCUCCUGGACCUGGAGCCUCCUGUUCUUCACUCUGUACCCCGAGAGGACCCCCAGUGCCCCUCCUGCCCCGUCCCACGGCCUGUCUGAAGAGCCUGAGCCCUCCCACCACCCUGCUUCAGACCUGAUUCCUGUGGUGGGACCCCCUCCAGGUCUGCUGGGGGGCUGGGAGAAGGGAACCCCAGGGGACUGGGCUUUUACACCUGGGAGUGAGCUGGCUCAGCCAUCUAAGCCACCCUGGGGACAGAGGAAUGAGAGGAAGGAGACCUGAAACCCCCAGUACUGCUGUGCCCAAGGCUCACCUGUGAUACUGCUGAGAGAGGAGAACACCCAUGCUGGGCAGUAAACAGAAAUUCCAUAUUUUUCUGUCUUGAA